AUGCAGGAGUUUGAGUCAUUGAAGCAAGGCUUGAAUGAGGUGAAGAGUCACCUCAACUGCUUCGAUAUCAAUGAAUGGGACAGUCAUACACAGAAAACCAAUCGGGCAGGUGCCAUCCCCAGUACCAUUCGCAGACUUUACAAACCAGAGCUCUGUACUCAGGCAUGGGCCAAAUUCCACGAGAUCCUGAGUGUCUUCCCUGACUUGAUACAACUCUCAGAAAGUGAGAAUCAGGUUUGGAAAAGCAUGCAUCUGUGUGAAGCACCUGGUGCCUUCAUUGCUGCCCUCAAUCAUCAUCUAGUCAUGAGAGGUGCUCUCAGAGACCCAGAAUUAUGGCAUUGGAGGGCCAAUACUCUUAAUCCUUAUUAUGAGGGCCACUCUCGAAAUGACAUGAUCCCAACUGACACCCUCAUUGCUCCUACAAUCUCUCACUGGUGUUUUGGUGCUGAUUCAACUGGGGACAUAACCAGUUUGGCUAACAUCAAGGCCAUAGUGAAAGCUGAUGUUGGAAAAGUGGAUUUGGUGACAGCUGAUGGGAGUGUAAAUAUUCAAAAUAAUCCUGGUGAGCAAGAAACUAUGGUGGCUCUGAUACACAUUGGUGAAGUGAUCACUGCACUGCAGCUUCUUAAACCUGGAGGGUCCUUGAUUGUGAAGUUGUUCACCUUCUUUGAGGCACACACCAUCUCCCUGCUUUACCUCUUACACCAUUGUUUUCAGAAAAUGACAGCCUUCAAACCAUUCACCAGCAAACCUGGAAAUUCUGAGGUCUACUUCAUUCUCCAAUGCUUCCACCCAAUCUCUAACCUUCAGUCACAUCUCAAUAUUCUUCAAAAAGGAUUAGCAUGCAGCCAAAGGAAUUUAUCCUUCCACAAACAAGAAAUCCCCCAGUCAUUCUUGGAUGAAGUCAUGAAGGCUGCUGUGUAUUUCAAGUCUUGCCAAGAAGCUGCCAUCACAGAGAACAUCUCUCUCUUUGAAUGCAAAGACAAGGAAACCUUGUACCAAUAUAUUGCUGAAGAAGCUCAGGAGACUGCCCAGCAUUUCCUGGAGAUGUAUCCCCUCAAGCGCAUUCCUGAAUCAGCCCGUCUCUCACAUCAGUCUCGAGCACACCAGGACAGAAGUCCCAGGUUCCUUUUUUGUGGGAGCUAUGAAGAACGUGUUGGGCAGAAAUCUUUAGAGGACAGGAAGGCUCAACUUAAAUCUUGCAUCAUGGAAUUCAGACAAAGUCUUCAAUCAACAUGGAGAGAUUUUCCUGUUUUACAUCCUAUGCCUUCAGGCUUCCAUUUUGACCAGGACUUGGUAUGGCUUCUAGAUCAGGUGAUGCGGGAACAUGGAAGGCCCAUUCCUGCAGUCCGAUCAUCUGUUUUCUUUGAUAAUAACAUUCUUGAGAAAUCAAAGGAGAUAUAUCAUCUCAUGGGUGAAGUGCAAGACCUUGGUUUCAUAAGGGAAACCUUGCAGGAACUUAAUGACCUCAAUGAGAAUGUGAAGGAUGAGGGGAGCAAUGACAUGCAGGAUCCUGACUCUGAGUGUCAUGCCAUAUUGAUAAAUUUGAAGACAGAGAUGAGACUUAAUGAGGAAGCCAGAAAAACAAUACUCUUGGACCUUCUCAUUACUGUGCUAUCAGAUGAAGAGAGUUUGAAUCAGUUGUCAGAUACUGACAGACCAAGUCCUCUGAGAGUUCAAGGCAUGCACUUGUUGCAUCGUUUCAACAUGUCUCUACUUCUAUUACUGGCAGCUGUGUUCAAUACUGUCUCCUUCAUGUGGGACUGCCAGAUACAAUUUGAAAUGUUGAGAGUUGACAAGAAAGUGAUCAGUGGGACUUUAGUUCCUUUCCUAGAAGAUCUUCUGAAUGAUCUUGAGCGAGGCCAUCGUUCUGAUCCUCCUGUCAGUAUCUUGAGCCUCUUCCCUAUUGAUACACUCACGCAGGACCAGAAGAUCUGCAGCUACAUCCCUGCAUUCAAUGGGAGAAUCCUAUGGGAGUUCUUAUGUGCUCAUAUUCAUCAUACAAGUGGUACCCAAGAUGCACAAAGUCAACAAGAUCUCAACCUUCCAUUCUAGUCUUCUCCAAGAAAUGUGUUCUAAACCAUACAGGAUGGUGUGCCAUGGAAGAACUUAUUGGUGAUGGGUCGGACCUGACUCUCAAGAUAUCCAAAGAAUUUUGAAGGAAUGUUGCUGUUUUGGGGUUCAGUUGGAAAGUGGACUUGUUUGAAAUUAUGGAUUAAAUGCAGUGGCAUAAG